AUGGCUGAAGAACAACAAGAAAACAAACCUGUUGUUGAAUCAACUACUGUUGUUGAAGAAACUAUUUCUACUCCAACUGAAACUGUCAGUACCACUACUACUACUGUUGAAACUACUACUGAGGAUGGUAAGGAAACUGUUACAGAAACAGAAACUACUGAAACUGAGGAUUCUGAAAAGAAGGACGACGAAACUACUACCGUUGUUUCCACCACUGAAGGUGAUGAAAAGGAUGAAAAUAUUGUUCCAGCUAAUGCUGCUCAAGGUGGUAGAGAAACUUCUGAUAAAGUUCUUUAUGUUGGUAACUUAGAUAAAUCCAUUACUGAAGAUGUCUUAAAGCAAUACUUCCAAGUUGCUGGUCAAAUUGCUGAUGUUAAAGUUAUGGUUGACAAGAAGAAUGCUCACGUUAAUUACGCCUUUGUUGAAUAUUUAACUCAUCAUGAUGCUAAUGUCGCUCUACAAACUUUGAAUGGUAUUCAACUAGAAAGUAAGAAAGUUAAAAUCAAUUGGGCUUUCCAAUCUCAACAAAACACUUCCGAUGAAAACAAUUUCAACUUAUUUAUUGGUGAUUUAAGUGUUGAUGUCGAUGAUGAAACUUUAAGAGCUUCUUUCAAAGAAUUUCCAUCUUUUGUUCAAGGUCACGUCAUGUGGGAUAUGCAAACUGGUAGAUCUAGAGGUUACGGUUUUGCUUCUUUCUCAGAUCAAGAACAAGCUCAAAAAGCAAUGGAUGCCCUACAAGGUAAAGAAAUUAAUGGUAGACCAAUAAGAAUAAACUGGGCUACUAAACGUGAAAACAAUAACCAACAUAGCCAUAACAAUAAUAACAAUAAUCGCCGAGGUGGUAAUGGCUUCCGUAAUAACAACAGAAGCCACAGUAACAACGGCAACAACAACAACAACGGCAUGAUGCACCCAAUGCAAGUUGAAGGCAACAUGAUGCCACCAAUGCAACAACAGCAACCACCACAACAACCACCACAACAACAACAACAAAUGGUUCCACCACCUGUAAACCCACAAGCUAUUGAUGACAUGAUCAGAAGAGCUCCACAAAGAGUUACAACUGCUUACAUUGGCAAUAUCCCACAUUUUGCUACUGAAGCUGAUUUGAUUCCAUUAUUACAAAACUUUGGUUUCAUUUUAGAUUUCAGUUAUUACCCAGAAAAGGGAUGUUGUUUCAUUAAAUACGAUACUCAUGAACAAGCAGCUGUCUGUAUAGUUGCUUUAGCCAACUUCCAAUUCCAAGGUAGAAACCUAAGAACUGGUUGGGGUAAAGAAAGAAACACCUUCAUGCCACAACCACCACAAGGUCCACCACAACCGGGUAUGAUGGCACCAGUUAUGAUGGGUAAUGCUCCAAUGGGUGAUCCUCAACAACAAAUGCCUCCUCAAGAACAACAAGAACCUCAACAACAAUAA